AUGUUGUCUGGCUUGAUGAUCGACGUGGUUUCGGUUUGCCUUGGCGAAGGGUCCGACCUUUCAGUAUUGAGGAGGAAUUGGAGUUGCAUCGAAGACGAUGGAUUGAAGUGCGUGGGUUCGGCCAGCCAGGUCAUGCUUGGAGGCCUUUUGCUGCAGGCGUGCAGCAUGUCGGUCAUGUCGGGCAGCUGGAAGCAUGUGAACCUGUGUGAGCCAGCCGCCAGCACCAUCUCGCCGGCCGCAGGCCCUGUCGAACUCUUUUCAAGCAGAGGCGGACACUGCUGCCGUGCGGAUCUCGGCAGGUGA